GCAAAUUGUAAGAGCGAGAACAUGGACACUGUGCCAGUAAACAACUUUGAGGGCGCAUUGCCACUUCUAUCAUUGAAUCAUGUCUCAUUGUUGUGUAGAUCAGUUUGGGAUUCCAUGCGGUUCUAUGAAGAAAUUCUGGGCUUUGUUCCCAUCAAACGCCCUUCUUCUUUCAAGUUCAAUGGAGCUUGGUUGUAUAACUAUGGCAUUGGGAUACACUUAAUUGAGAAUCCAUCUAUAGAUGAUUUCGACACUAUCGUGGAACCACAGUCUAUUAAUCCAAAGGAUAAUCGCAUAUCCUUCCAGUGUACCGAUGUCGGCCUUGUCUUAAGGAGGCUGGAAGACAUGGGAAUGAAGUACGUCACAGCCGUGGUCGAAGAUGAAGGGAACAAGGUUGAACAAGUGUUCUUCCACGAUCCAGAUGGUUACAUGGUUGAGAUCUGCAACUGCGAAAACAUUCCAGUCAUUCCUCUUUCUUCAUGCUCAUUCAAUCCAAGGCUAAGCAGUUUCAUCAAGUCUGCACAACCGCCUAAAUGCGGAUUCAUGGAAAAUGCGAUGAUGGAGAGCUUGAGCAUGGAAAUGCUGAACAUUUCAUUCUGAAAUUGCACCAGAGAAAAGAAAAUUGUGAACCAAUGGUCUGCUGUCUUUUUUUUUUUUAUGAACAAAGUGUGUAUUGCUUAUAUUAGUUGAUAAGUUUGUGGGAUUGGUUGUAUUAAAUUGAAAAAGAAAUGGCUAUCAAAAGGAUGAAAGAAAUGGAAAUAAGGUUCUUGGCC